CAAUGUAAAAAUGGACAUAAAUGGUUUGCAACUCUUAGUUAUGAUAGAAAUAAAAAAACUUGGUAUCUAAAAUAUAGACAACAUACUACAUAUAAACGUCUUACUCUUGAUGAUGCUAAAAAAUUAGCAUAUACUAAAAAAG